AAUCAGCUCCAAUGAACUCCCCACCAUUGUCAGGGGUGGUGGGGGUGGUGGUGGUGGUGGUGGUGGUGGUGGUGGUGGUGGUGGUGGCGGGGACAGUGGGUCUGAUGAGGGGAUCGGGGCUGGUGCCCAGGUGCAGCAGCAGCUGCAGCAGCCGCAGCAGCAGCCGUCGCAGCAGCAGCCGCAGCAGCAGCCGUCGCAGCAGCAGCCGCAGCAGUAGCCGUCGCAGCAGCAGCAGCAACCGCAGCAGCAGCAGCAGCAGUCGUGGGCCCGCCUCCCGCCGGGGUUUUUCCCCUUGACUUGUCUGACUGGCACUUUACCACC